AUGUCCAACAGCAAGACUUCCCCGCAGAUUUCGUCCCAUUCACACUCGCACUCCCAUCCGCACCCCCAUUCCCAUUCUCACGACUCUCAUGAUCACGACCAUGACCACGAUCGCGAAGACACACUUACGCAUUCUCACUCCCACUCGCCGCCUACCGCCAAUGGCCAUUCCCUCCCCCACUCGCACUCUCGCACUCAGAAUGGAUACGCUUUCCCCUCAGCGUCCCAAAUUACAGCCCCAAGAUAUAUUGCCCCAAUAGCUGCCUCGGGGGCAGCCUUAAGCACUAGCUUUGCUUCAUCCGCGAGGUAAAAUUUCUCUCCUCAGUUGGCGAAGAUUGGCACUAAACACCCCAACCCGCUUUGCAGUGAACAAACCGUCUCUCCCGUAGAUUUCGUAACGCCUCUCGCUAUUGUUGCGAGUUUUAUUUUCGCUGAAUUAUCCAAAACUUCGCCGACUUUCUCCGACCAAAAAGCACUCGGAGGCCUCCAAGGUUCUGCAUCGAAUGCAUUGGAUACACCUUUGGAAACGUUGCACCCGUUUUUGUCAGUGUUCACUAGUUUCUCGUCAGCGUCCGCACUCGCGGCUGGGCCCUUAGUUCUCCUUGGGGCAUUUGGGAAAGCUCAACAGCUGCUUUGUGACGGGGGGAUUGGGGGUGGGGGGGCAGGUGGAGGCGGGGGCGGGGGAAGGAUUUACCCAAAGAGGGGAGGAGAACAGAUUAGUGCUCUGGAUGUUGCCGAAAAGGCAGCGAGUAUCAUGGUUCCAUACUAUGCUGUUCUGGAAUUGGGUGCUGUUAGAACUGCGUCAGUGGUUAUGGGGGCCUCAGCCGGUGGUCUAAUAAUGGCGGGGCGUGAUGGGGGAUGGAGAAGGUUGGUCCGAAGAAAAAGGGCCCUUUUGGGAGCUCUCGCAGCUACCGUUUGUUGGGACUUAUAUAGGGGUAGUUAUUCCGAUAACGGUUUAUCCCGAGGGGACCUUGACUUUGCGAGUGAGUGCUAACAUUUCCGGUAGGAUCUUUGCCUUGUUUAUUUGCUUAUACGUUAUUAAUAUCUUCAAUCCUUUUCCUUCAAUCCCCCUAUCCUCUACCGCCCCCGUCGGCCGCGCACACUCCGGUUUCCACCAAACCCACUUCCCAAACUUCCUUUCCGAGGCUCUCCCGAAAUCCUUCUACAUUGAUGACUUCCACGUUGUCUACUCUCGCUAGCCCCCCCCCUCCAUACCAAAGCAAGCUCUUAUCAAUAUCAGGAGGUAUUCUCAUGAUCCUACCCCUGAUAACAUGGGUGGCAAAUGCUGGGUCACCUAAAGGCGCAAGUAAGCAUUUGAACGUCCAUGGUAACCAUUGGGUGAUUUGGUGGCUUUGUUCGACAUUUGCAGGAGCUGGCGCCCUAGUUUUUGGGAAAGGUGUAAGGGAAGCGGGGCUCGGUGCCGGAGUUGCCUUAGCUGCGCUUUCUGGGUGGGGUAGUGGGCUUAUUGACGGAUGGGGGUUUCCGUUAGUCGAUGCUGGACUGGGCGCUGGUGUUUGGGCAGGUCUGUUAACCCCUUUGCCCUGUUUGCACCGGUAAUGUUGCUUAUGUAUGCAUGAUGCCCGCAAUUGCAGCGAUUAAAAUAGACAAAGCAGCUCACGACCAUCAUCGGCGCCACUAUCACGAUCAUCCCUAUGAGCACGAAAAGGGUCAUGCACAUCCAAAGGAGAUCAAAGGUCCUUCAAGUAUCACAAAAGCCUUACUGAACAUGACAGAAGGGGUUCCUUUGGUUCACAGUAUACUGAUCGAGAAGGAUUCAAGGAGAAUUGGAUACUUUAUGUGGCAAGUAUGAAGUGUAACUGCUGUUCAAAAGACUUGCUAACUUUAAUAGUUUGAAUUUCGCAUUCAUGAUCGUUCAAACGUGUUACGGCUUUAUGACUGGGUCUUUGGGCCUUAUAUCUGAUAGUGUCCAUAUGUUUUUUGAUUGCCUGGCCCUUGCAGUCGGACUUUGUGCAGCCGUCAUGAGUAAGUGGCCGCCGAGUAUGAGGUAUCCAUAUGGAUUAGGAAAAAUGGAUACGCUCGCCGGGUUUGCCAACGGAAUUUUCCUAAUGUAAGAACUAGCCCCAGAAGCCUCCCGUGGUAUCUUGCUUAUAUUUGCCUGUUCCUACGGUAUAGGUUGAUUAGUGUUGAGAUCGUGUGGGAAGCCAUUGAACGCUUGAAAGAGCCUACCGAGAUGGCGCGACUUGGUGAACUAAUGGUUGUGAGCUCUAUGGGACUAGCAAUAAAUCUCGUUGGUAAGCGACAGUUACUCAUUCUUAAGAAGCCUAUUCUGAGAUGUGGAAUCUAGGCAUUAUGGCAUUUGACCACGCACAUCAUGGACAUGGCCACUCGCAUAGCCAUUCUCAUGGGCAUAGCCAUGCGCAUGAGGAUAGUCACAAUCACUCCCACGACCACGGUAAUCACCACCACAGCCAUGACGGAGAGCCACCGGCAAACACCCAUAAAGACCAUGCCCACGCACACAACAGCGAGAAUAUGCACGGUAUAUUCUUGCACAUCUUGGCCGAUACCCUUGGAUCUGUAUCUGUGGUGAUUAGUACGGGCCUGAUUCACUACAGCGGAUGGACCGGAUUUGAUCCACUUGCCUCCGUAUUCAUCGCUGUUCUCAUUUUUGUAUCGGCAAUUCCCUUGGUAAAAUCGUCCGCCAGCAACCUCCUUUUGACAGUUCCCGACAACCCCGAGUACGCUCUUAGGGAGACUAUUGCUGAUGUGGGCGGGCUGAAAGGUGUUCAGGGAUAUACGGUUCCCAGAUUCUGGGAAGUUGAGGGUGCGAUCAGAGGUGUCGUGCACGUUCAAGUCGCCAGAGGUACUGAUUCGGAUGAAAUCAGACGAAGAGUGGAAGAGUUGAUUGGAAACGGUCUUGGAAAGACUGCGGAGGUUGUUGUUGUUGUCGAAAGUGGAGAUGGUGGUAGCCGUUGCUGGUGUGUCGGGGCACAGUGA